UCCACUAGAAAACGUGUAGCGGAGCAUAUUUACAAGUUAUGGCCGUUUGAAACCGAAAUAGGCAGCUGCAGUCCUACACAAACCGAGCUAAACGCCUUAACGGGGCGGCGCGCGCUCCCGCGUGCGGAAAUCAAAUUCUGGCAGACAGUCACUUUUUGGCACGACACCGGCAAAGCCACAGCAGGAACCAUGACCGCAAUACACAUAUAUUGUCGUAGCUAUUUCUGUACUUUUACUGAAAAAUAAACAUUUUCUCGCUAUAGUAGCAGCACCACUACAACAAUGUGCUAGUUCCAUAGUAGAAUUUGUACUAAAAUAGUAUCAACAGUAGUAGGAAGGAGAAACUAUGACGCACCGCCGCAGUCAACCGAGGAGCCACUUUGGCGAGUGGAGGGCCAAAUAAGGGCACGUGCUCCGACGGUGGAAGCCCAACUAGGAAAUUGCCCCAUUCCCGUGUUUCACCAUGACACCGUGACAUUCAACCGACCGUUGCAGUUACAGCACCAGGAGCAGUGAGCUGGCAGCGGCAGCUCCCAAGAACUGAGGCGACGAUCCCGAGGGCUUUCCCCAGUGUGUGCGGCGGAAACAGAACAAAGACAAAAUGUGGGGUCUGGCCCAGCUCUUGGUUUUCACUGGUUUAAGUCUGCAGGUACCCACAUACCAACCGUGCAUUUUGUACCAUCUCCUGGCCAGUUGUGCCAACAAGAAGCUUCUCUGGGUUCCGUCUCUGCCCGCCAACAUUACCCUCCUCUACCUGGAGCAUAACAACAUUAGUGAGAUUAACAGCAGCUCACUCAGAAACUAUGACCAGCUUCAGGAGUUAGAUCUCGGGUGGCAGCAUGUGCAGCUCAUCAUAAGGAACAAUGCCUUCCGCAAUCAGCGAAAACUAACACGUUUAGUGCUUUCCCAAUAUACUGCUGGUCUACGUCUGGAGCCAAAGGCAUUUGCAGGACUGGUUAAUUUACGCAGUCUUUUUUUGGAUAGUUCCAAUUUGACAGACUCCAUAUUGGAAGAAAACUAUAUGGAGCCACUGUUGUCCUUGGAAAUGCUUGAUCUCUCUUAUAACAAAAUAGUGAGAUUAAGACCGGGAUUGUUCUUUUCAAAACUCAAGAGUUUUACAACAUUAAAAGUCGUUCUGAAUAAAAUUACAAAAAUAUGUGAAGAGGAUCUUAAAGGAUUCAGGGGGAAAACAUUUUCACUCAUGGAUUUACAUUCUAACCAUUUGGGAAAAAUGUUCGAAGAUGCAGCUUGUGGGAAUGGGAACCCUUUUAGAGGAAUUCAUUUUAUUAAUCUCAACAUUUCCAGCAAUUGGUUCACGGUGAAAGCAGCAGAACAGUUUUUUAAAAUAAUACAGGGAACUCAGAUUUCUCACCUCGUAUUCUCGAAUUUCAUGGGCAAAGGCUUUUCACAUGACAAUUUUCCUGAUCCGGAUGAAAACACAUUCAAAGGCCUGAUGAAUAGUUCAGUUGAAGUUUUAGAUCUGUCCGGUAACAGUAUAUUUGCUUUGUGGAGGGCUGUUUUUAGUUCUCUGAAGAACACAAUCAUCAUUGACAUUUCUAACAACAAAAUCAAUCAGAUUCACAGCAAUGCAUUUACUGGCCUUCAAGGGAAUUUGCGAAUGCUCAACCUGUCGUCCAACCUCCUGGGAGAAAUCCGUUCUCACACAUUUGACGGUCUUACAGAUCUUCGGGUGUUGGAUAUGUCUAAGAACCACAUUGGAGUAUUAGGGUAUGAGGCCUUUAGAGGCCUGCCCAACCUGCGAGGGUUAUUCCUGACCGGAAACUCUCUGCGAACCUUGGGAUCUCCUGUGUCGUUACCAAAGCUAGAAGUUCUCCUUUUGGAUGACAAUAAGUUGAAUUCAGUAUAUGGUAUCAGUGCUUUUGGUAGGAGCAGCAUCCAUGUGGAUGUUAAAAACAACAGACUGACAAACCUGGAGGAUGUUUUUACAAUAGCGGCUAACUUUAAGCGUAUUCAGAUUUUAUUCUAUGGUGGAAACUUCAUCAAGAUGUGCGAGUGCAAGCUAAGCCCAGUACCUUAUAACAAUAGCUUGCAAGUGCUGGACCUCCAUGACAGUUCUUUAAACGCAGUGUGGGCAGGAGGGAAAUGCUUGAACUUGUUUGACCACUUUGAGAAUCUCUUAGGUUUGAAUCUGAGCUUUAACCUGCUUACAGCUCUGCCACAAGGCAUUUUCAAAGGUCUCAGGUCAGUUGGAGAGAUUGACCUUUCAUAUAAUGCGUUGACCUAUCUGCAGCCAGGUGUCUUUCCAGACAGCCUCAAACUCCUCCACAUGUCAAACAACUUCCUAGCCUCCCCGGAUCCUGCAAGUUUCUCGUCUCUCGCUGCACUCGACCUAGCAGGAAAUCGAUUUCACUGCGACUGCAAUCUGCAGAGCUUCCUCGUCUGGCUGAGCGCGGCCAACGUCGUCUUACUAAGUCAGCCAGAGGAGUACAGGUGUGAGUUUCCAGCCGAAUACUACAACAUGCCUCUCCAGGACUACCAACGUGAAAUGAAGUUUGAAUCUUGUGUGGAUGAUGAGGAGGCUGUUGAAGAUGUUAAGGUGGUUCUCUUCAUUGUCUUCACCCUUGCUGUUAUUGCCAUCACGCUAAGCGGAAUCGUUUACACCCGCUUCCGAGGACACAUAUAUGUUGUAUACAAAAGGAUCAUUGGGCGGGUUCUGGACGGCCCAAGGCCAACGUGCCUUGAAGAGGGGCAGUAUGACGCCUUCCUCUGCUUCACUAACAGUGACUACAGGUGGGUGGAGGCUGCCUUGCUGAAGAAGCUUGAUAACCAGUUCUCAGAGAAGAACAUCCUCCGCUGUUGUUUCGAGUCCAGGGACUUCCUGCCGGGUGAGGACCAUCUCUCAAACAUCAGAGAUGCCAUCUGGAACAGCAGGAGGACUGUGUGCAUUGUGUCAAAGGAGUUCCUUAAAGAUGGUUGGUGCUUGGAGGCCUUUACUUUGGCCCAGGGCCGAAUGCUGGAGGAGCUGACAAAUGUCUUGAUUAUGAUGGUGGUAGGAAAGGUGGCUCACUACCAGCUAAUAAAGCACAACUCCAUCAGAGCUUUCGCCCUGAAGAGGCAGUACCUCGUCUGGCCAGAAGACCCUCAGGACCUGGACUGGUUUUAUGAACAACUAGUGUCUCAGAUAUUGAAAAACACCAACGUGAAAAAGCUCACGAAUGGUCAACCUGAUCUGGUGAAUGCUGCGAAAGACAAGAUUCAACCUCAACUUGAUCACAGUGUUGAGCUGGAGGAUAUUAAAACAAUUGCCAUGUGAAUUUUGAAUGUAUGAUUAAUGAUAAUGAUACUAAUGAUAGUUUAAACAAGUGCUUAUUAGUUAUAUAUGAGUGUGUUUAUUUUACAUUUGAUUUCCCACUAAUUAAGUUCAACUGCCUUGAGGUCCCUCACAGAUAGAGAACUCUAGGAUAUGACUUUAUUAAUCCCACAACGGGAAAGUCUCUGAAUCUUGUGUUUAGUUUGCGUGUUCUCCUCGAGUCUGUGAGGGUUUUGCCACAUGGUCCACAAACAUGCACUUAGAUUGAUGGGGACUGUGUGAGUGGUGGUCUGUGCCUACAGCACGUUUGGCCCUGAUGGGCAGGUGAGACGGCCCCAUCACACCCUCAACUCUAGAUGAUGAGUAUCAGUCAAGCAGUUACCUUUGUCUGCUGGCCAUAUAUUCAAUCGUAUGAUGUGUAUUAUGAUAUUAUGAUUAUUAUGAUAGUUUUCUGAGUCCUUGCAACUAUCUGAAUUUCUGAAUAUAAGGUUUAAAGAAUGACGAGAGAAGAAGAAAUCAUGCAGCAGCUCUUUGGUUUAUGUUUACUCCUUUUCCAGCUGCUGUUCAUUUACUGGGAGCCAUCAGUGAAAACCUAGGGUGAUAAUUAGUGAGAUUAAAUUUAGUGAUCACCAGAUGAAGGCUGUACAGAACGCUACUCCCACAUAUACGUCAUGUCAACAGGGGGUGUAAAUCAUAAUCUUUGUAAGUACUUGUUGGGCUUUGAGGCGGGAGUGAAUGCGAGGUCAGUGGCUCUGUUUUCAUUUGAGCCGUGUGUCUGAAAACAGGAAGCUACUGGGCAGAGGAGGGCUUCCGUUCCGUUGGCCCCGGCCGCCUGCAUCCUCCUGGCGUUUAUGAGCCAGCUGUUCUGAGCAUUACCGCCUGUCUGGAGGUUCCUGCUGCUUAUUCACUCUGGACAGUCCAUUAAUCUGAACACGGUGCAGCAUUAACAGCUGUUCAGCUUUUCUUUAAUGCACUUGUUCUGUACAAACAACUGGGAGUUUGACACAUUUCAGGAAAUAUGUUUUCCCUAGAUGGUAAAAGUUGUAUUCAUUUUUUUAUGGUUUUACUGAGCAGUUUGCUGGUGGUGCUAAUUAUAAAGGCUGCUUGCGAAGUUAUUAGAGACCAUCCCAGAGGAAUCAUGAAAGCCACUGACAAAUGUUUCAUGACAUCAGUUGAGUGGGACAUUUAUGCUUCCAAGUAUAAAUCUGUGUAGAAAUACUGGAAACUGUUCUUAUGCAAGAACAAGAAUUGUUGGUAGCGUCAGAACAGUACUAAAACAUUUUGAAGGUUAUUCCUACAUCAGGUUUUAAUUUUCAGCUAUCAAUUACAGUAUAACUGAUCCUAUUUGAAUCUAAAGGUAUGUGUGAGUAUCAAAGAGUUGCAUGAAGCCAUUCUUCCUUAAGGUACAUUUCUUAUGAUUCUAUUUCAUAAUAAAACUACAAAAAUAUGUGAAUGACUCCUAAACAUGCAACUGCUUUAAAUGAAAUGUUUUCUGGAACCUGAGCUCUGAAACAUUGGCUUCAACUACAAAAAAGUGUUUUGUAAUUUCCACAUCUACAGUAGGUGUAUUUAAUAUUUCAAUUAGGCAUUAGAUAAGAGUAAAGAAUUAAUGCUGGAUAAAGACCACAGUAAACUUCUCCACUCAUCUAAAAGAAAAGAAGAAAAGCCCUUCACAUCCAUAAAUCAGUCCAGCAGCUCCACCAAAAUCUAAUUUGAAAAGUGGAAGCAAAUGUUUACCUUAUAAACAAGCUCUCGAGCUGUGCGGCCUCUUCAGUUAUUUCAGGCCUGUUGAAUGUACUUAAAACAGACACACAUGCUGCUUAGAUUCUGCCCUAGCGAGGAAAUGUAACGAACCCUGCACCGUGACCAUACGUACACAAUAUUUGACCUGUGUUUCAACAAAUAGAAUCACAGAUUUAGAGGAAAACUCCGACGAAGGUGCAGAACUUUUGGCUGGAUCGAUGAAAGGAGCAAUUCUCCAUCAUUCAUUAUCCAAACUAGAGUUCCGCUUUGUGAUGAGCGUCGUCUUGUUUCCACAGAAGCAACAACCUAGUGAAUCUACAGUAGCAUGAAAAUCAAAUAACACCCUGUAACAAGUGAUCUUCAACCAUUUGAUGAUUGAAGAGUUGUAGCAUGAUUAAUUAUUAAGACAUUUAUAUCAUCAUUAGAAGUAUUAAUCCCAGCAACCAGGUGAACCAUAUUAGUCCAAAAUUAAAUUAGGUUUUAGUUGUUUUUGGUGUCUCCCAAGAGUAAAGAGGGAAAUGUCUUAACUCUUUAAUAACUGCCCUGAACCCCUCAUUAGCUGACUUGUCUUGAUGAGACCUGUACCAAACCUAGUAAUGAAAUACAGUCAAUGACCUGAGGCUGGAUGUAACAGACAACACUGACGGCACCAAGUCCAAGCCCGUGUGUACAAACUAAAUGGACGACUGGAGGGGGAAGACAAUGUGAACAGUCAGGACAACAGGGAUAGAAAAAACACUUUAAUCAUAUAAUACAUAUUUUAUCAGAGGCUUGUGGCAACUUGAACACAGGACACACUGACAUAUUGAUACUACCUACAAAAAAUACAAAAAGGUGUCAGGCCACAGCUGUUGGCAAUGUCUUUGUUGAAGUUCAUGUAACUGCUGACAACGUUUUAAUGACAACUACACGAAACCACAAUGUUUACCGUACGAGUUCCUGUUUGUGCAAAUGGCUGCUGUACAUUUAACACUUUAGCAAACUUUAGUGGAGGUGUCAGAGGUUUUCCAAGCAUAAUCGCCUUUGUUAAUAGUGUCUUCCACUGUCAACUUAAACAGCUGGCAUAUGAAAAGCUGGUGAGUACAAAAGUAAAUAAAAAAUGUAAACACAA